AUGGUCCCUAUAACUGAGACUGCAGAUUACUAUCCUUCAGACUGUGAAUUUUCUCAGCCGGACUAUGGGUUCCCUAUCAGCCCGGACUGCGGUCCCUGUCACCAUAUGAAGUUGGUGUGGUUAUUGGUGGUGGGUGUGGCCAGUGUGGCGGCCGACAAGAAGGAGAAAACUGCAGCCAGGGCGGAAAUCCAGUUGGAGGAUUUGGGGGUGGAUCUCCAAUUGGUGGAUUUGGGGGUGGACAUCCAACUGGUGGAUUUGGGGGUGGAUUUCCAACUGGUGGAUUUGGGGGUGGACGCCAAUUGGUGGAUUUGGGGGUGGGGUGGAUUUCCAACUGGUGGAUUUGGGGGUGGACAUCCAACUGGUGGAUUUGGGGGUGUAUCUCCAAUUGGUGGAUUUGGGGGUGUAUCUCCAAUUGGUGGAUUUGGGGGUGGAUUAGGAGGAGGAUCCCCCGUCAAUCCCCCAAGUGGCUGCCGCUACUGGUGCAGGACACCCAAGGGUCAGGCUUAUUGCUGUGAGAACGUCAAUGAACCCCAAAGCUUCGCUGGUGUAGUCAAGCCCGGACAAUGCCCGCCUGUCCGUCCCGUCUGUCCACUCGUCAAAAGUUUUGGUCCCCCGUCAUCCUGUUCUAACGAUGGUGCCUGCGGAGGAGUUGACAAGUGCUGCUUCGACACUUGUCUACAACAACACACCUGUAAAGCUCCUUAUGGGUUCGGUCGCUGAUGGUACACUUACUACCAAUUUUCUACCUCAGGGACCAACACCGAUCCGCCACAAUAGAUAAUAUUAUUUACUGUAAUAUACUGUCUUUGAAUAAUGUUAUAUGUUCCUAUGCCUAUAUAAAUUUUUACUCGAAUUAUUUAAGAUAAAUAAACUACUUACUCUUA